UCAAUUAAGAAGUGGAAAGAAAAGCAGCAGGAAGAAAAAAAACGAAACUUGAAGGAGAAAGAGAAAUCGGAAAAAAUGCUGAAGGAAGAAUGGCUACAGCGUGAAGCAGCUCAGAAGCAAAAAGCAGAAGAAGAAAGAAAAAGACAACAAGCAGCAAUUGAAGCAUGGAAGAAACAGAAGGCAAUAGCAUUUGCAAUGGAACAAGCAUCGCAACUUAAACUAGAAGAUGAGAAGGAGAAAAAGCAACAAAAAGAACGCCAGCGCCAAUGCCACAUGAAGUUACUGUUGGAAAAGUAUACCUUUCAGAAGAAAGAAAAGGAGGAACUUGAAAAACUUGAAAAGGAGAAGAGAGAGGAAGCUGAAAAGGAGGAAAGGAAGAGAAUUGCUGCAGAAAAAAUUCCUAAGUUUCAGGAGCGUGAUCUGCAUAAACUGGAGCUAAGGAUUGUACAAAAACAAGCUAAAGAAGCAGAGAAACAAGAAAAAGAAAAAAGGUUGGCAAAGUUAAGAGAGAAGGUUGAGAUUCGCGUAACCAGAGACCGGUCCAGGCUGUACAGACCUACCAAGGGCUGGGAGGAACGCAUGAAAGAGAUCGCACCGACAGCUUCAGAACCACUUUUACGCGUUCCCCACAGGUAA